UACAGAACCAGAAGCGAGAUUAACUGGCUAAGUUAAUCAGCUUUUAUUAUUUUUCUUAAAUCUUAGCAGCGUCAGAUCCGCGUUCAGUGAUAGACUGAUAGCUAUAAAAACCACUGCUCUCACUGGAGAGAAAACCCAUCACUUACUAAUUUCACAAGCUUGUAAUCUAUUGUAUCUUCUUAGUUUCGUUAAAUCAAGUUGUUUAUUUCAAGUGAUAAGUUCAAUUAUGGCUGAUCAGGAGCACCAUCAGAAGAGUUAUGAGCCCGAGACCACUGCAGUUGAGGCCACGGAUCGUGGGUUGUUUGAUUUCGGGAAGAAGAAAGAGGAAGAGAAGCCUCAAGAGGAGGUGAUCGUUACAGAGUUUGAAGAGAAGGUUCAGGUCUCUGAACCAGAGGAGAAGAAGCAUGGCAUCUUGGAGAAGCUUCACCGAUCAGGAAGCAGCUCUAGCUCUUCUAGCGAUGAAGAGGAAGGAGAGGGAGAGGAAAAGAAGAAGAAAAAGAAAGAAAAGAAGGGACUGAAGGAGAAGAUCAAGGAGAAACUAUCAGGAGAGAAAGAAGAAAAAAAGGAAGAGGAGUCCACCGUUGUAGCUGUUGAGCAAGUAGUAGUCGAGACAGAGGCAUCCGGCCAACAACCAGAAGAGAAGAAGGGUUUCCUUGACAAAAUCAAAGAGAAACUGCCGGGACAACACAAGAAAGCUGAAGAGGUCACUCCACCACCACCUCCACCACCGCCUCCAGCCGAGCAUGAGGCAACUAGCCACGAGGGAGAGGCUAAGGAGAAAAAGGGCAUUUUUGAGAAGAUCAAAGAGAAACUUCCCGGAUACCAUCCAAAAACAGAGGAAGAGAAGGAGAAAGAGAAAGAUUAAGAAACCAGCAAUAGUAAAUGAUGAUUAUGAUUGCUUUGCUGUGUGCGUUGUAAUGUUCAUGAUCGUGCGUUUGUUUAAUUUGGAUGUUCUUUUUCACCUUGGUUUAUGUGUAAGUGCCUAUGUGCUUGUGUGAAGUUUGUUUAGGGUUUAAAAAAAUCUUAUGGUUUAAGGAAGGAAAAUUUUACAAUUUCCUUUGUUUCUAUGGAUUUGAACAAUUUUAAUGAAUUGAUUAUUUUCUUUGUUUGUA